GAACUCUCAUAUUAAGUUCGUAAACUAAGAGUUAAGUAAAUAAAAUUUAAAAUAUCAUCUUAAAUCUUACUUUGUGAUACAUAAUAUUAAUUUCAUCAUCAAUUUAUCAGACAUUUUUCGAAAAUGAUAUUUCGAUUUCUAUGAACUGAUAUCAAUCAACAAUCCAAAAUUCCCAAAAUGUAUACAAUUUACAUCAUGGUGCGUGAAUACUUACAUGAGAACUGAUCAUGUCUGAAAUGAUUUAAAAAUGGAAAACAUGGAACAAAGUAUGCCUAGUUGUGCUCUUAAAUGUCUUCGAAAUGUUGAAGAUGUUUCUCAAAGUGUACAUCAAGUUAAAUAUGGAGUAAAUACUAUUGGAAGAGGAUUAAACAAUGAUAUUGUACUCAAAAAUUUGAGUGUAUCAAGAACUCAUUGUCACUUACGAGUUGAAAAAAAAGAAUCCAAAGAUAUUGCAUAUAUCAAGGAUUUAGGUACAUCAAAUGGGACUAUUGUUGGCAAUAUAAAUUUAAUUGAAUUUGAAGAACAUCAGUUGAAUGAUUUAGAUAUGAUUGUGUUAGCUAGUGGUGAUGAAGGAGUCGUUCUACAAUAUAUUGAUCAAGUAGAUCGUGCUAUUAGUAUUUCAAAUCUAUGUAAUAAUCCAAUGAAUAAUAAAAGAAAAGUACUCAAUGAAGAAAAUGUGGAUGAUGAAUCAACUGCUGUAAAAAUUCCAAAAUUAGUUACAGAUUCAGAUGAAUGUAAUAUAUUAAAGAAACCAUUUUCAAUUACCAAUACCAAUUUAUCAAAUUCAAAUGCAUUGGAAAUUUUGCCUAAUGUUGCUAAUAAUUUACAACAUUCAGAUUUAAAUCAAUUAACAUUAGUUGAUGCUAUUUUGAAGCCAAAUACAAAUUCUGAUGACCAAAAUUUACCAGUUAAAGACCCCAAAAUAAUUUCUACAAAUAAUACAAAACCUUCUUGUUCUCAUUAUAAAGAUAAUAUAUCAGUCAAAGACCUUGAAAUAGUUCCUACAAAUAAUAUAGAACCUUCCUGUUCUCAUUAUAAAGAUAAUAUAUUUAGUGCAGUGGAAAUAAAAACCGAACCUGAUACAAUAAAUAAUGUAUUAAGUCAAGGAACAUAUCGCAAUGAAGAAGAUAGUUUUAUUGUAGUUUAUUCGUCAGAUGAUGAGAAUGGAUUAGAAUUAUCAAGCAACUUAAUUGAAAAACAGGAACAAAUUAAAUCAAACACAUACAUGAAACAAUCAUGUUCAUCGACUUCAAAAAUAGAAAAUAAUUUGAACCUUUCAGAAUUGUCAAUUCAACAUCAAAGAAAUGAAAUACCAAGUGAUAAUAAAGAUGAUUUAAUUUGCAUACCACCUAACUUGAAUUCCAAUAAUAUAAGUAUUUUGAUUAGUUCAAGUGAUAGUGAAAGUGAGUACACUAGUAAAUACCCUAAAAUUAUUGAUCCUUUUCCAAUGAAAGAUAGUAAAAGGGGACAAACAAAGCUAUUAGAAAAGAAUAAAUAUAUAAUAAAAACUCGAGCUAAAUCAGAAAAAAUAAUUCGUAAUAAAAAGAAAGCUGAAGAAGUAAUUGUUGAUCAAAAUAAACAAAUUAUUCAAGAAAGACAAAUGAGACUUAAAAAAUUGGCUACAAAUAACUCAUCAAACGAAUUUUUAAAAACAAUAAAUGAAAAUCCAUCAACUAAUGAUCCUUUUAUUGAUAACCCUUCGACAAUUAGUAAAUUAAAAAUAAAUAAAAGAGUAUCUAGAGUAGAGAAAACAAAUAAUGAUUAUUGUAUGCCAAGUACAUCAAAAUCUAAUUUGCCUGUACAAGACGUUCAAAACAAAACUGGAUUAAAUUGUCAAAAAAUAACUUCAACUGCAACAAUUACUAAACCAAUUAACUUUGUUUUUUUUGAUACACUUAGUAAAAUUUGUAAGUGGAAUGCAGUGUGGUUGUAUGAGGAAAAAUUUGUUGAUACAUCUCCACCAUUGGUAAAAACUAUCUAUAAAAUGAGAGAACAAUUUGAUACUCCGUCUGAAUAUUCUUCUACAAUGAAAUCAAUAUUAUUCUAUGAAAUUUGGUCAAAAAUAAGUGAAUCAUAUCAUAUGGUACUUAGUAGAAUCCCUGAUUUGGAAAAAUGUAUUUUUGAAAAAUCUUCAAAAAGAAAUUUACCUCUCCCAACAUUUGACAUUCAAUCUGUUAAUAAAGAAUUUUCCUCAUCAGUACAAGCAUUAAAAUCUAUUAGUCAGCCAUUAUGGUGCUUAAAAUGUAUAGGAACGAAUAAGAACAUUGAAACUUUAUCGGGAUCAAGAAGUUCACUUAAGGGAUGUUUAUGUAUUGUUAUAGUACAGUCAGAAUGUUUUGAAACAAAUGUUGUUAAAAAUAAAAAACCAAUGAAAUCUAAAAAUAUUUUUUUUGCUUAUGUUAAUAUGGCAAAAAAAAUUGGGUACCACUCAAAUUCACAACUGUACAUAGAACUUAUUGUGACAAAAAAGACUGAAAAUAUUCCAAAUGGAACACAUAUUCACUUAAUGGAUAUUUUUUAUUUACACUCGGAAUUGCGUUUAUUUCAAGCUUUAAAUAAUGUGACAACAUCAUCACUAUGCAAGGCACUCAUUACUCCACAGUUGCAUAACUUCAGUAUUGAUUCUUCAAAAGCUAAUUUAAAAAAUUAUAACAUUAAUAGUUUAUUAUUGAACAAUAGUCAAAAAGAAGCUGUAAAAAUGGCUACAACAAUUUGUAAUUCUGUAGAACCAAAUGUAGGUUUGAUAAUUGGACCUCCAGGUACAGGAAAAACUAAUGUUAUUUGUAAUAUUAUUUUAACUUUGAUGUCUAACAAAUUGAUCAAGACUGCAACUAAACCUAAACUUCUUGUAUGUGCACCUUCUAAUGAAGCUGCUGAUGUAAUAGUAAGACGAAUAGUAGAAAUUAAAAAGGACUUAAAAUGUGAAACACAAUUUGAUGUGAUACGAGUGGGUAGUGGACAAAAAUAUGAUCCUAAUUCACCUAUUGUUGAUGUAAUGCUUGAUACUAUAAUCAAACAAAGAAUGGAAAAUCCUUUAAAUGAAGCAAAUCGACAAGGUCAAACAAAUAAUUUGUUUAUGUAUACUAAUAAGAAAGAACUUGAAAAUGAAAUACUCCUAAAUGCUGAAGUUAUUGUGACAACAUUGAACUCCUGUUUUUCUAAAACAAUGGAGGAUACCUUCAAGCCUUCAAAUAUUAAUUGUCAUUUUACUGCCUGUAUAGUAGAUGAAGCUGGACAAUCUAUAGAACCUCUAAUUUAUGUUCCAUUACUACUUGGUAUUAAUAAAUUAAUUUUGGUUGGAGAUGAUAAACAGCUUCAACCAUUAGUAAAGAGUAAGGUGGCCAAAGAUAAUGGCCUUGGUAUUUCUCUUUUCAAACGGCUUAAAACAUGGUUUGAACAUAAGCGCCCCACACGAAAGAGUUUUCCAGUUACAAUGUUAAAUACUCAAUAUCGAAUGCAUAAUGAAAUUUGCUUAUUUCCAUCAACAUACUUUUAUAAAGGUGUAGUUAAAACUGCACCAUCUGUCAAAAUGAGAAAGCAGCUACCAUUUCAGCCAUAUAUGAUCCUAGAACAUGAAAGCCAACAAGAUAAUACAGGUGAGUUAAAUAUUGGUGAAGCAUAUAUGAUUGUAAGUUUGGUAGAAAUUUUACUCGAUUCGGAAUGUCAAUCACUAUCAAUUGCAGUCUUAACUCCUUACCAUAAACAGAGAGAGCAAAUAAACGUAUUGUUAAAGAAUAAGUAAGAAGUCUAAUUUUGUAUAUUAUAUUAAUUGUCUACUAACAAAAAUAUUUUUAAAGGAAGAUCUGAUAAAUGUCAAUACAAUAGAUUCAUUUCAAGGUGGUGAAUGUGAUGUGUUACUGAUUUCAACA